AUGGUGAUGAACACAAAGAAGCUAAUCAAGAUGGCCAAGAAAUGGCAACAGAGAGCAGUCUUAAGCAGAAAAAGAAUCUCAUUUCAUAGUUCAAGUACUGCUGUAGAGAAGGGUUGUUUCGUGGUUUACACGGUGGAUAACAAACGGUUUGCUUUUCCAAUAAGUUACCUGCGAAACUCUGUUUUCCAAGAGCUCUUGAAGAGCUCUGAAGAAGAGUUUGGCCUCCCUUCUGGUGGACCAAUCACGUUGCCUUUCGAUUCGGUUUUCUUAGAGUAUCUCAUCAAAUUGGUCGAAAGAAGAAUGGAUGGAGACACAGAAAAGGCUUUGUUAAUGUCAAUCUCUAGUGCUAGAUGUUCUUCACAAUGCUCUUUUCAACAACAAAAACAUAGUACUCAGCAAUUGCUUGUAUUUUAG